CUUAAAUAAACAGCAUACUUAGACGGGAAUUGCUUUCGCUUAAAAACUUUACAUUGAAUAUAUAUUAGACGGUUUUGUGUUUCAAGAAUGACAGACACCAAUAUUAUGACUAUUAGAGAAAUGAUAGACUUUGCUUUUGGAGACCCAGAUGAGAAUAUUGUUAAUUUAAAGCUUAUCCAAACAGUAUUAUAUGUACUGGCCAGGCAAUUACGAGUUUUAGAGCGUCAAGUUGGUGUUGCAGUUGGUCCUAGUUUUAUUCGUUCAACAUCAAGUAUUUCUAUAACAGAAGUCAAACUGCUGACCGGUGGUAAAAAGAGGAAAAGAAGUAUAAAAAAUGUAGGCGCGGGCACUGAUAAAAAAAGAACAGAUACUUCUUCGAAAUCUACAACAGAUAGAUCUUCAGAAAAAAGUGUUUCAAAAUCAACAACUGAAAGAACUACGUCAUCGGGACCAUCUUCAUCCUUGAAAACUUCAACUGCACUAUCAUCUUCUGAUAAAACUACGUUGUCUACGGAUAAGUCGCCUACAAACAAAACCAUCAGUGAUGAUAAAAAAAAGGUGGGCCAAUCAUAAAUAAAUCAAAGUAAUUAAAAAACUAAACUAAUUAUAGGUACUUCAAAAUCGAUUCAGUUUCCCUCGCAGGAUUAUCAUCAUCUUUUGGAAACUAUUGAACAGCAAAGAGAACGUGAACUACGAAUAGUUGAUCAGAGAGCUGACUCCCGAGAGGAAGCCGAGAAAGCACCUACUCCUAUGGUGUCAUUAGAUUCAAUGGAAAUGCACUUCGAGAAGCUACUUAUUGGACAUUUUCGUGACAGCAAAGGACUAAAAUUAUCCAUUGUAACAAAAGACCAAUUUGAUAAACUAGCUGAAACAGUCAAAGAAUUGCAAGAAAAAUUUAGCUUAGCUGGAAAAGCAAUAUUUCCGGAUAAUACGCAAUUAAUGCAAGACCUUCGCAAAGGAGCUUCUCUUACUGACGCUAUGGCUGCUUUACAAUUGUCUGCUAGACUAGAUGCUGCAGAAAUAACAUUACAACAAAUGUUGUCACUAAUCACAGAUCUUGCCAUAAGAAAAGGUAUAGAAAUAACAGAAGUCCAGGAGAAUGAAACAGAAAUGAAAGAUAUUCUUGGUGCCCCUAGUCACGUAUCAACUAUUUCUUCGCGAGUAUCACGAAAAUCUCCAAUUCGUAAACAAUCAUCGAAAGUCGAGAAAAAAAUACAAGCUUUACCAUCACGCUCUGCAGAAACAUCACACACCGAAAUUGUUGAAGAUUUGUUUGAAGAACCAACGAACCAAACAAAAACAGAAGACUUACCUAAUAUAAAAAGAGAUACAAUAAAUGUUUAUGAAAUGGACAAUGCUAUGCAGGAAGUGUAUGAUAGUCUUUUAAAGACUGUAAAAAAUAUGACCAGCAAAGUAGGGUGUACUGCAGAAAAUGCCUUAAAGAUAGCACAUAAAUUAGAAGAAAAAGUUAAUAAGGCAACAACUUUGGACGUUCGUAUGGAUGAUAUAGAAACUUUAGUAUCUGAUUAUGCGGAGAAAAUCAAUACCUUAGACACUGGUCUAUCAUCGCAGAUGACGAGCUAUCAAGAGCAACUGACUCAAAUGCAACAUGACUUAGAAGCAGGCUUAGAAUCCAUGACUGAAGCCAUAGCAAAUACGGGUGGAGACACUACUGCUAUUGCCGAAUUAAAUUUAAAUUUUAAUAAUCUACAAAUCGAUUUUGACGCUACGAACUUAAAACAAAAAGAAUUAAAGGAAAGUCAAGAUAUGUUUUCUUCCAAUCUUAGCUCUUUAUGGAAAGAAAUUGAGUUAUUACGUGGAACUAAAUCUGAUCGUGAUGAAGUAGCAGACGCUUUACGCGAUAAGGCUGGAUUAGGAGCUUUAAAUGGUCUCGUAACACAGCAACAAUUUGACGCAGUUAGAGGUGAUUUCGAGAAACGUAUUGCAGCUUCUUAUGAUAAAUUUAAUAAUCAAGAAAUUACUUGGCAAAAAGCUAUAGAUGAUCUACUUAGAGAACUCAACGAAAAGGCUGGUUUGGUGCAAAUAGCAUCUCUGCGUGAUGAUAUAAAUAGCAAUCUCGUAAAAUUGAAUAGUAAGAUUAAUGCGAUACUGGAUAUUGUUGGCGAACCACGAUCAGCUGCCACUGCGAAAAAACUAUUUCGUGAUACAACCUGUCUCUCGUGUUCAUCUCCUGCACAUAUGGAUAUCGAGGAACCGAAUGCUAUACCACCUCUACCGGUCUUACCAAAUUCAUCAAAACGACCUCCUACUAUAGGAAAUGAAAGUAUUACGAAGCCUAAAGAAGACGGCGACCAUGGCUUAUGUUAUCCUGGUAGACCAAUACAACAUCCAAAAGAUCCCAGGUCACACUAUUGUCAAAGAUUUUGUGGUGGGUCGCAUACAGUUGUAGCUAACACAUCAAAGAGAGCUCCAGCUGGAAUGAUUAUAAGUUCGCUACGUCAAACAACUACAGGAAUCGGUGUGGAUGGAAAAACAUAUAAAAUUGAUGAGCCAGAGCCAAAACUGAGACCAUGCGUACCAUGUAAUUUAGCAAAUGUAACGUCUGCUCCGUCAGAAGAUGGACAAGGUUUAAAUACAGUUUAUUCAAACACAAAACUUGAUUCGAAUGCUAUACAACUUGACUUCUUCGAAAGAACACCAUCUAUGAUGAAGACAGUUAGUGACAGCGUGUCAGUUACACCACCGCCGCCUUGUGACGAUGACUAAAUUGCACGUCCAGCUGCUCGAAUCCAAUCCACCUCCACUUCUAUGAGAUUUAUAAGUAAAUUUACUACUAAGCCUUUAAGUGCUUAGCUCUGUAUUUCUAGUUUUUUCUAAA